AUGUUGGAUCGGAUUCAUCUGCUGGCUGCCGUGACAGUCCUGGGAGUCCUGGAGCAAGCCUACUUCUUCCUCCAGGUGAUCUAUGCCAGGAGGGCAUUUGGCAUUUCUCCUCCAAAGAUCUCAGGCCCACCUGAAUUUGAGAGGAUCUUUCGAGCACAGGUGAACUGCUCUGAAUAUUUUCCCAUCUUCCUGGCACUUCUGUGGCAGGCUGGACUCUUCUUUCAUCAAGGUCUGGCUGCAGCCUUGGGUCUGCUCUAUCUCUACGCCCGCUACUGCUAUUUUAUGGGAUACAAAGCAUCGUCCUCGGAAAGGCUUGCCCCGAUAUACUUUGGCACCGGAGUUCUCUGGAUUCUCGUUGCAGCGUCAGUGCUGGGCAUCUUGCAUUUCUUCCUCUCUCACUACGUGGGGCUGAACCUCCUGCAGCUUCUCACAGCGUGA